AUGCGCAAACCACGACGCUUGUUACGUGAGGAGAUAACUUCGGUUGCAAAAAACAGGGAGGUCAAUGUUCUCCAUCGACUGGGUUACCCCGAUCAGGAGGCUCAAUUCUUUAGUCUUCUCGACAGCAAGCGCAGCUGGAUACAAGCCAUUGUCGCCCAUCUCUUGAAUCUUUCAUCGAAAAACGCGUGCCAAGUGGCUGAAAUUGAGGAGUGGACUCAUGGAAGUUUCGAUGUUUGCGUCCCAGUCACAGAUUUUCGGCCUGGAAAUGGAGACGAGAAAAUUCGAUGCGAGGCAGGAGCUUAUGCCUGGCUGGAAGGAACGUAUCCAGACAUCCCGAUCCCGCGACUUUAUGGGUUUGCUAUGGCUACUGGGGAAACUCGUCGGUCUAGUCCACCCGGAUUGAGUCCCUUCCUUCUUGACUUCUUGGCUGCGACGCUUGAGCCAUCGCAUUCUACAUGUUUUCGGCCUCCAGUUCCUUCCAAGUAUAUCCGUCAUCAAAGCAGAAUGGAAGUGCCCGGGUGCGGUCGGCUUGAAGCUGGGUAUGUCUUGCUCGAGUACGUCGAGGACACGAAGGGAAAGAUGCUGUCGUCCACCUGGGCCUCGAAACGGGAUGAUGUCAAAUUACGGGCCAAUCUCUUUCGCGACAUCAGCAAAAUAUACCUGAACAACGACGGCUUCUUAUCACUCAAAAAUCGUCCUCUCUCUCUGGGAAUUCAAGACCUAGAAAACGAACGCAUCGCGAUCGAUAGACCACGAGACUAUACAUAUUCCACGGUUGAUUCAUUUGUGGUAGAUACUCUGUCUUAUCACGAUAACCGACUUAUCAGUCAACCGAAUGCCAUAAACGACCUCAGUGACUAUAUAUAUCAAACAUCAUCUCUGACAACAAUGCGAGCAAUUUUUUCGUUGUUCUUUAGUCGGGAGCUUCGUCGGGGGCCGUUCAUUUACUCAUUAACAGAUCUGCAUCCCAGCAAUAUCUUUGUCGACGACAAUUGGCAUAUAACAUCACUAGUGGACCUUGAGUGGGCAUGUUCCCUACCCAUCGAGAUGGUUCAGCCACCUCACUGGUUUACCGAUAUGGCUGUCGAUUGCAUUGUACAUCACCAAUACAAUGAGAUGAGAUUAGAAUUCAUGUCCGCCCUUACUGCUAAGGAGGAGCUUGAUCGUUCUCGUGGCAGCGGAGAUUCUCCAGCGCCCUUGAAAUUAUCACAUAUAAUGGCUCUUUCGAGCCCCACUGGGCUUUUCGCGAUCUUCGACAAGAUGCUCCAACCAAGAUUUACUAAUAAAUGUUCCGAUCACGAUGCCUUUCAUGAAAUCAUGCCAUGGUAUUGGGCCCAGGACAUUGUGGCCGCGUCAACACGCAAACUUGCAGACAAAAGAGCCUACGACAUCCAACUUCGACGCGAAUUUGAGGACGAAGAUUGUUCAACGAACCUCAAUAGCAGGUAG